AUGAAUGGGGAAAAAGGAAACCGUCCCUGUAACGACGCGUCACUAAACCAUGCGGAGGUGACAAAGCAAGAGAAGCACGCAGAAGCGGUACCAGAAAAUCUAGCAUGUCUAAUUUGCUAUGAUGACAUAGACGAAAGUAACUACAUCGAAUAUAAAACAAGCCAAUUUAGCGAGUGGCACCCAAGCAUGUUCUGUCAGAACUGCACAGGCAUAUUAAUACAAACGCAGUACCAUAAAUAUAUAAAUAAUGUGCAAAAGUCAGAAUGCCAGAGGGAACAAAAAAACUUACUUGAAAUGGGACCUCCAAUAAAUAUAAAGGACAAAAACGGCUUUCCUUUCUCAGAUGGAAAUGAAAUUUAUAGCCUCUGGUACUUUUGUGAUAAAAAAAUUCAUUCGGCAAAAUUGGAUGGCAGCUUGGAGGGCGAAGAACGAAUGAAAUUGUGGAAUGAGUUAAAAAAUUUUCUUAUAAAAGAGGACAAAGCAGAGUAG